GCGAGCCACAGGGAAAAGAACACAUCAUUGCUGCUUCAAAGCGCUACGCACAACGCCAAAUGUAGAACGGCAUGGCAUACUUUGAAGGUUGCCACUGCCUGGCCGACAGAAGACAGAGCAGUAUCCUCUACAGCAUUUUGAAAAACGACAACCAGACGGAGCAGCAUGCGCGGAGCCCGGGGGUCGUCCUCCAGCAGCAGGCGUGCUCGUGUGGGUCCAAGAAGAAAGUAGCGCUCCGAUGCCCGCAGACUACGUGCAAAGCUGCGUCGGCGGUCUUGGUUAAGACCCUAAAGUUUGUAAAGAACGUGCCUUGCUUUCGGGAGCUGCCGGCUGAAGACCAGCUCCUGCUCGUGCGGAGCAGCUGGGCUCCGCUGCUCGUGCUGGGGAUGGCACAGGACAGAGUCGACUUUGAGACCACGGAGACGCCCGAGCCCAGCAUGUUACAGAGAAUCUUAACCAGCGGCCAGGAUAGGAGAGAUCAGAGCGACCAGGGGGUGUCUCUAGCAGACAUCCACGGCAUUAAAGCGUUUCUCACCAAGUGUUGGGGACUGGAUAUCAGCACUAAGGAGUACGCGUAUUUGAAAGGAGCCGUGCUUUUCAAUCCAGACCUGGAUGGGCUACAGUGUCAACACUAUAUCUACGGACUGCAGAGCGAGGCGCACCAGGCUCUUAAUGAAUAUGUCAAAAUGAUUCACCGAGAGGGCCCUACAAGGUUCGUCAAACUGUUCAUCGCACUCUCCAUGCUGCGAUCCAUCAACGCCAACGUCGUCGCCGAACUCUUCUUCAGACCCGUCAUCGGAACGGUCAACAUGGAAGAACUUUUGCUCGAGAUGUUUUACGGGAAACAGUGAAAUAAUUAGACGGACUGAAGGUCACCAGAGUCGUAAUGUAAGAGUGGUCGCGAGGAAAG